GCCUUGGCAAGCAUUUUAUUCUGAAAUGCGGACAUGUUGUUUCAAGGUGCCCAUGCCCAUGGCGGCUAAGGCUGUAUUUACGGUUCUCAUUCUGUAUUCAUUUUGCUUUAUCAUAGUAUCUAUUGCAAAACAUGCAGAUUUUUCAGAGACAUUCGGCUCUGUAGGCAUGUUAGUUUUCGAAAUAUUGGUCCAUAUUCUUGUUCUGCUGUAUGGUGCCACAGCAAUCUUUAUGAUCGUCAAGAAAGACGCAAAACAUAUGCAUAUGAUGAGUAAUGUGUAUUGGGCCAUGGUGGCUGUCCUUGGCCUUGUACAAAUGAUAAUGCUGAUCCUGGCAGGUGUUCACCAUGGCAAUACAAUUCUGGUUUGUCAGGCAGAAAACCCCGGCGCGGACGCAGACCAAUGUGGCCACUGGGUACAGACCUCAAUGGCCUUACUUGGAGUUUCCUUCGUCAUCUGGACAGGUUUGCAAAUAUAUUUCGGCUUUGUCAUUCAAUCUUAUGCUGUCAGUGUGCUUGGAAAGCACAGAUAUGGAGAACUGCGCACUCACGCCAUGGAGGACUGGGACGCCAAGUUGGAAUUGAACGAUGGCCACGUUUCUAGAGUUGGAACAACUCGUACAUGGAAUAGCACAGUAGAAUAGCAUUAUGUAAAAUUGAAAAUUAUAUAGUAAUUGGAAAUAAGAAAUGUAGACAGUCCAGGUUUUUUUUUUACCUAUGUUGGUUUGAU